CGUGAGGUUUCUCUCUGUUACGGUCACGUUCGUCUUCGAAGAAAAAACCGGUGCCUGUGCCGUUUUUUACGGAAGGAAAAUUUUAUUUUCAUGUUGCAAAAACCCGUGAAUUCAGACAAAUAUAUCAGCAAGCGUAAAAAGAUUGUCAAACAGUGCGAACGAGAUCAAGAUGGGUAAAGCAAAGAAAGGAAAACGAGCUGGCAAGGAGGAGGAGAUGGACAGUGAUGUCGACGUAGAAGAUCAAACCAUCGAAGAGCCUGUGAAAGCAAAGGUCAAAGGAAAAGAUAAGAAAAAGAAACAGGGAACUGAUGCAAGUUCUGAGAAGUUUAAUGAAAAAAAGAGGGAUGAGUCUACUGAUGAGUCCGAAGAUGAAAAACCUAGGGCGAAGGGAAAACCUAAAAAAGGAAAAAAAUCACAAGAUUCAGAUGAUGAUUUUGAAAUGGAAAAGCCAAAAGUUGUGGCUAAAGCAAAGGCAAAAGUUCCAGCUAAAGCUGGCUUUGCUCUUCUGCAAAUGGAAGGCGAUGAUGAUGAUGAUAAUGAUGACGAUGAGGAGGAUAUACACCUGAGCGACGAUGAUUCUGAGGAAGCUGUUAGCGUGAAGAAUACUAAGCUGCAACAACAACAAAAGAAACAAGAGCCUCAAGGAAAAAAAGGAAAAAAAGGUAAAAAGAAACGUAACGACAGCGAAGAAGACAUUGAGAAAGUGCUGGCUGAAUUAGAGCUUGAAUAUUCUGGACAAAAGAAAGAGUCGGCAAUUGUAGAAACUGUAACGGAAAAACUUCAAACAACGAAUAUAUCGAAGAAAGAUAUCGAAGAAAAAUAUGAAAAUAAGGAAGAUGAGCUUAAUGAGAAUGAAGGAGAAGGUGGAACUGUGAAAACGGCUGCUCAGAAAAAAAAGGAAAAGAAAGAACGAGAAAGGCAAAAGAAGUUAGCCCAGAAAAAAGCUGAAGCGGUUAAAAAAUCCGAAGGUGUCACUUUGUCACAAGAAAACAAAACGACGGUUGAAGUGAUACCCAAACCGACUGAAGAAAAGGUUGAUCGUACAGAAAAAGAAACGGAUUUAGUUGAAGGUGACGAUGAUGGUGGUGAAGAAGAUAAUAAGAAGAAAAAGAAAAAAGGUGCCAAAGAAGAUCCAAAAGACAAAGACAAAGGGAAAGGUCCUGGCAAGAAAACUAUUGCUGCAAUGCAAGAAGCUUUGAAAAAACUCAAAGAGGAUGAAGAAAAAUUGAGACGUGAAGAAGAAGAGAGAAUUAGGGAAGAAGAAAUGCGGGAAAAAGCGAGAUUAGAACAAUUACAGUUGGAACAAGAGAGGAAGGAGAAGAAGAAACUAAAGGAGAAACAAAGAAAAGAACGGUUGAAGGCAGAAGGAAAACUUCUAACAAGCAAGCAGAAAUUAGACAGGGCAAGAGCGCAGGCGAUGAUUGAUGCUCUGAAAGCAAAAGGUGUAGAUCUGCCAGAUGUUGGUGAAAAGAAAGCACGGCCAGGUACCCGAGUGAGACCCAGCAAGGUGAAGCAACAGCUGAGUACCGAAGAAAAAGAGAAAGAUGAAGAAAAAAAAUCAGAGAGCGUCGAAAAUCCAGAUCAAGUGCAAGUGGAAAUAGUAGAUCAGCAGUUGCCAGAAGAGCCUAAAAAAGAAGCUGAGGUUAAGGACUCUUGGGAUGCUGAAUCUACAGAAGAGGAGCAGGAAGAAGAUCAAUUUGAGGAAACGUCGAAACCGGAAAAACCAACAGCGCAACAAAUAGCCAAGUCCCAGCAGUCACCGGGCAAGAAGGAAUCGUCUGCAAGUGAAUCUGAGACUGUUAGCGGUAGCGAAUCUGAAACACAAUCUGAAUCUGACGAUGACAGUGAACCUGAUGACAAAAAGACUGAUGCCGAACGUAAAAAAGAACGUGCCAGAAACAGGAUACAAACUCGCAGAAUUGAAGCAGAAAAGAAAAAAACCCUAGACAACCUUCGAGCAGCUGUGGUAUGCGUACUGGGGCAUGUAGAUACUGGGAAAACGAAAAUUCUCGAUAAACUUAGGAGAACAAAUGUUCAAGACGGGGAGGCAGGUGGUAUUACUCAACAAAUUGGUGCAACCAACGUACCGAUAGAAGCCAUUCAAGAAUCUACGAAAUAUGUCAAAGGCUUUGCAGACAAAAAAUUCAAGAUUCCCGGUCUUCUGAUUAUAGACACACCUGGGCAUGAAUCGUUUAGUAAUUUGAGGAACAGAGGAUCAUCACUCUGUGAUAUCGCCAUCUUGGUCGUUGAUAUAAUGCACGGACUGGAACCGCAAACAAUUGAAAGUAUUAAUUUGCUCAAAGCAAAGAAGUGCCCGUUCGUUGUUGCUCUCAACAAAAUAGACAGAUUAUACGAUUGGCAAACAAUGAGUCGAAAGGAUGUGCAAGACGUUAUAAAAAAUCAGGCGCCCAAUACACAACGAGAAUUUGAAACAAGGGCGAAGGAAGUGGUCGUUCAGUUCGCAGAGCAGGCUUUAAACGCAGCAUUAUUCUAUGAGAAUCCAGAUCCUCGGAGUUACAUCUCUUUAGUGCCAACCAGUGCCGUAACGGGCGAAGGGAUGGGUAAUCUUCUCGGGCUAGUGGUCGACGCCUGUCAAGGACCUCUGGCCAAGCGACUGAUGUUCAGCGAAGAGCUGCAGGCAACCGUUCUUGAGGUUAAGGCUCUCCCUGGUCUCGGGACAACGAUCGAUUGCAUUCUUGUAAACGGCACGUUGCGGGAGGGAGAUACUAUGAUAGUCGCCGGUACAGACGGACCAAUCGUGACGCAAAUCAGGUCUCUACUCAUGCCACAACCCCUGAAAGAACUCAGAGUGAAGAAUGCCUACAUCGAGUACAGGGAAAUAAAAGCAGCUCAAGGAGUAAAAAUAGCUGCUAAGGAUCUAGAAAAAGCAAUAGCAGGUCUGAAUCUCCAAGUUGCGCAAAAACCAGAUGAAGUUGAAUUAUUGCGAGAAGAAACCGCCAGGGAACUCACCAGUGCUUUAGGACACAUAAAACUCGCCGAACGAGGCGUCUACGUCCAGGCUUCGACCUUGGGAGCUCUGGAAGCUCUUUUAGAUUUUCUAAGAAGCAGUAAAAUUCCGUACGCCGGGAUAAGGAUAGGUCCAGUGGUCAAAAAGGACAUCAUGAAGGCAUCGAUUAUGCUGGAGCACGAUAGCCAAUACGCAACAAUUCUGGCAUUCGACGUGAAGAUAGAAAAGGACGCGCAGGAAUUGGCCGAUUCGGUCGGGGUCAAGAUAUUCCAGGCUGACAUAAUCUAUCAUCUCUUCGACAAGUUCACCGCCUAUAGGGAGGAACUGAAACAACGGAAACGAGACGAGAACAAGCACAUCGCCGUAUUUCCCUGUAAACUGCGUGUUCUUCCGCAGUUUAUUUUCAACUCGAGAGAUCCUAUCGUCGUUGGCGUUAUGGUGGAGGCCGGUAUCGUCAAGGAAGGAACGCCGAUCUGCGUGCCCAGCAAAGAGUUCGUCGAGCUCGGGAUUGUCACCAGUAUCGAGUACAAUCACAAGUCCGUUGAAACGGCGAGAAAGGGGCAAGAAGUUUGUGUGAAAAUUGAACCGGUUCCCGGCGAAGCGCCGAAGAUGUUUGGCCGACACUUCGACGAGAAGGAUUUCCUCGUCAGUAAGAUAAGCAGACAGAGUAUCGACGCGUGCAAGGAUUACUUCAGGGACGAUUUGCACAAAACGGAUUGGCAGUUGAUGGUAGAAUUAAAGAAACUCUUCCAAAUUCUCUAGUCGAUAAACGAGUUUUAUACACACUUACCACGAGCCGGCAAAGAUGACGGUAUGACAAUGCGCGGAUGGCAACGAGAGAAGGAGAAGCUAGUAAAUAAUAAUAAUAAUAAUAAUAAUAAUAAUAAUAAUAAUAAUAAUAAUAACGAUAAAAGUAACAGCAACAACAACGAUAAUAACGUUACGCGUGACAAAUAUACCCAAUACGCGGUAUCUGCACCCGACAUAUAACCCCGAGGUGUUACAUACACGUGUACGUCUACCUAUAAAAGUAGGGGAAAACACAUGUGUGUUAAGAAAUAGAGAGAGGGAGAGACGUUAGAUUUGCGAAUAAUCGUUCAGUAUUUAUACCGACCCGCGGCAGGUGAAAUUCUUAUAUUUACAAUUAUAUCGGCGACAUUUUGUGUGUUUUACGAACUGAGAAUAACGCGGACAUGGAAAAUGUUGACAAAAAAAUAUGACACGUGUGUAAAACUUGGCGUGAUCGUUACGUCUAUGUCCUAUGCGUAUAGGUAUGUGUAUUCGUGCGCUGUGCUACCUACGAUAAUGUACACCUAUUAUACCUACGUAUAACAUGAUCCCUGCAUACACGUUUAUCCACGUAUAUAUAGGUAUACACGAAACUUGUGUAUACGAUGAUGGAGUCGUAAAUCAACCGGAUACAGUUGUCGACUAAUUUUUCACUUCCGGGAAGCCUGCAGCACCACCACCACCACCACCAGCUUUAGCAGAACCGACAUCGUCGUCAUCAUCGUCGUCAUCGCCCGUAUACUGUGUACACGUAGCUACACUAACAUCCAGGUAUAUGUCAUGUAUACUCACGUAGGUACGUAGAGGGUGGGACAUUUAAAGUUUUACAGAGCAAUGGCACUCCCAACUAUUGGUGAUAUCGGAAAGAAAGAAAAAGAAAAAAGUUUUGAAAGUAAGUUGUAUUGUUCGAGAGGAACGUCGUGCAGGAUAAUCGUUAUUUUUUCGAUCUAGGAGACAAAACCACUUCAAGUUCAGCUCCACUUUUUCAAAUCUAGCCGUUUAUUCUUUGUUCUAAUGACAUCGUUACCGACGUAACGACGAGUUCAUUGGUCUAUGAUACAAGGUUAUUUCUAAUCGGGCAAAGUCUGAAAAUAGUCACUUUUAAACGAUUUACAUACGUUUUCGUUGGGUCAAUCGAAAUAUUUCUUCACAAAGUCCCGUAAAAAGAAAUCCAGUGAUGUCAAAUCUGGCGAACGAGGUGGACAAGCCGCAGGGCCGGCUCGUCCUGUCAACUUUUCGCCAAAAACAUCACUCGUGACUUGUCUUGAUUUUUCGACUAUUUCCGUACCCUUCGUACUUUUCGUGAACAAAAUGACCUUGUAUUAUAGAUCAAUGAACUCGUCUCUACGUCAAUAAUUUUGUCACGGACAAAAAACAAAACAAUUAUUUGAAAUAAAUAAAAUGCACGGUUUGAUUUAAAAAAGUGGAACGUUGACCUCGUGACGUAGCUUUGGCGCCUUGGCCGAAAAAAAUUACGAUAGUCCCGUACGACGACCUUCUCGAACAAUGCAACUUUUCUCUCAAACUAUUUUAAACAUCAACAAUAGUUUUAGCGCUAUUGCUCCGUAUCGCUUUAAACGCUUUAAACCCUGCAUGUAUUUUAUUCACGCCCAUACACACACUCGAUGGUGUAACAAAUGCGGGAUAUAGUUUCUUUCUGAUUACCGGAUUAAAAUUUUUAUACAAUAUAACCUCGCUUAGCCAAGCCUUCGAUUAACCGAGGUUCCGCAUUAUCCGGGAAAUCCUCUCUCCAUGUUACUUCGGAUAAACGGAAGUUCUACCGUGUUCCGAUGUCGGUUUUACUACAUGUGUCAGAUCUUAGAAAAAGAGAGAAAAAAAUACGAUAAAAUAAAAUAUCCGCAUCACUUUUGCAUACGCAAAAUCGUAUAUUAUAUCAGUCUAUACACAUAUUUAUAAUGUAUAUGUAUAUUGUAAAUCAAUUAAAUCGAUCGAUUAUAUUAUAAUUAGUCUAGAUUUUAAUAUUUUUUAAUCGGUAAUAGUUGUACAAGCUAAUUGUUUGUGGGGUUACACCGUCACGGGUAUGAUAUUUAAAAUCCCAAAUUUAGGCCGUAUGAUACUUGUGACACAUCGUGUAAUAUACGAAUACAGAAUACGCAUGAAAUAAUGAAAACGAAGAAACUCACGCACAAUUACAUUGGGAAACGGUUUUAAGUAACUCGUUCGCUACGUGUAUAGACCAAGAUGAAAAAACGUAUUCUUAUUUGCUUGUUGAUACAUGUAACUCAGAUUGUAACUGUUUUUUUUUUUUUUUUUUAAUUUUACAUGUUUUUUUUCCGUCAAUUGUUUUGCGACUUUAUUUAAUUUUAUUUAAAUCUUUCAAAUUUUAUUACUCUCUAGCCACUUAUUUUUAUCUGAUUAAUUCAUCAGCUUUAAAUCCGCGGUGGUUAUAAUUGGAUAAUUCGUGUGUUGCGGUACACGCGGCCGGAUGUUCAAAAUACGAUUACAUUAAGUAUAAAAUAAUACAGUACAACAUUUAUUGUGUACACAAAGAAUAAAACAAAAAAUAGAGAGAAAAAAUAAAAGAAAGAAUGACGUGCGCGUGUGCAUGUAAACGAAGCAUAAACGAACACAUUGCGAAAUUAAUUUGUUUUCUUUUUAAAUUUUUUUAUCACUAUUAUUAUUAUUAAUUUUCUUUUCUUUUUUUUUUCUCUCCUCUUCUUCGCCAACAAUCUCUGCACGCAAAUUAAAACUUCACACGUACACACAUCGUCAGCUAAAUUUUAUCUAAACUGCCGAUGCCAAACAGGAAAUGGUAUACAUACAUCAUACACAUACAAUGAUAUUUUCUCGCCUAUAAUUUAUCUGUGUAGUAUUUAAUUUUGAAUUUUUUUUUGUUUUUCUCUUGCUUCAUUCUUUCUAUUUAUCGUUAAAACAAGCGAAGAAAUCUUUUGAUCAAUCGAGAAUUCAAGCACUGGUUUAUCCCCGAAACGUUUCAUUGGCUUUUCGUUCUCGUCUUCUGUAAAAUGUAACGUAAGUAUUGCGUAACUAGUUUACCUCGGUCGCGUAUAUUGUGUUUAUAAAUUGAGUACAUACCGCAUCUCACAGCCACGGGAUGCGGGAUGAAAAGAAAAUUUGUUUUUCUCUGUCGAAUACGAAAUACGUGACGAGGUUUUUUCUUUUCUUUUUUCUUUUUCUAUUGCGAAUAAACAAAAUAUUACGAAUACCGCAAAUAAAAUUUAUGCACGACAAAGCCGCGGGUCCUUCGAACGAACUCUUAUUAUAUGUAUACAUAUACAUAUAUGAUAAGCAUAUGUGAGGUUCGACGGAUUAUAGGUGUACUGGAAGUAUAAGGAAGUGGAUUGUCAGGUCGGAGAGAAAGCUGGCUAUGUUGAACGUAGACGUUUCUUAGGAAUAAAUAAUGAUAGUAAUAACAAUGAUGAUAAUGAUAAUGGUAAUAGGAUAAAUGACGAUAACAAGCGAAUAAUAAUGAAUAUAUGAAACAAAAUUAUAUUGUACAGCUCGAGAUGCGGGUCAGGUAUAAUUAUAAUCGUCGCCUCGAGUUUGCUGAGUAAUUAUGAAUUCACAAAAUUAAGAAUCGCAAAAAUCACUGUAGAAUUGUAUAACUAUUAUAAUAAUCGUAUUAUAAUAUACGUAGGUACAUACAUAUUAUGCAACUCGACACGCAUGUAUAUAUCCAUACCUACAAUAACUACGUAAGAUUAUUACGUUAUGUAAAUCUAGCUAAAGGUAGAGGGUUGUGCGUCAGCCCCUCUCACAUCUGCUCCGCGACUCGUGCCGAGCGAAUAUAUCCUAUAUUAUAUUUA